GGUGAGAGGUACCGCCCUACAACCUUCGCCCCCGUUCCCCCGGCGGCCGGCUCCGCCUCUUCCCAAAUCUUUCCUACAACCCAAAAUGGCGGCGGAGGUGGAUUUUGGCGACCUAGAGCUGUUCGAGGCGUUUGACCCCCAAGAGGAGUCGACUCUGAAGCCCGUCCACACCCGCUUCAAGGACGAGGACAGCGGCGAGGAGAAGGCGAACGGGGUUGGCGACGCGGAGCUGCGGGAGCGGCUUCGGCAGUGCGAGGAAACCAUCGAGCAUCUCCGCGCCGAGAAUCAAGAACUUAAAAGAAAAUUGAGCGUUCUGACUCGACCCAGUGGAAUACUGGUGAACAAUACUAAGUUAGAUGGACCUUUAUUGCAGAUUCUGUUUAUGAACAAUACUAUUUCAAAGCAGUAUCAUCAAGAAAUAGAGGAAUUUGUAUCAAAUUUAGCAAAAAGAUUUGAGGAACAACAGAAAAAUGAUUCGGAAAAGACUUCCUUUAAUCUUUCACCCCAGCCAUCCAGUAUUGUGUUAGAAGAGGACCAUAAAGUAGAAGAAUCCUGUGCUAUUAAAAACAACAAGGAAGCUUUCAGUGUUGUAGGAAGUGUCCUGUAUUUUACUAAUUUUUGCCUUGAUAAAUUGGGGCAACCGCUACUAAAUGAAAACCCUCAGCUUACGGAAGGAUGGGAAAUACCCAAGUACCAGCAAGUCUUCAGCCACAUUGUUUCUCUAGAAGGGCAAGAAAUACAAGUAAAGGCAAAAAGGCCAAGGCCUCACUGUUUCAAUUGUGGGUCUGAAGAACAUCAAAUGAAAGAGUGCCCAAUGCCCCGGAAUGCUGCUCGGAUAAGUGAAAAGAGAAAAGAGUAUAUGGAUGCCUGUGGAGAGGCAAACAAUCAGAAUUUCCAACAGCGAUAUCAUGCAGAAGAAGUAGAAGAAAGAUUUGGAAGAUUCAAACCAGGAGUUAUUAGUGAGGAACUUCAAGACGCACUUGGUGUGACAGACAAGAGUCUUCCCCCUUUCAUCUACCGGAUGCGCCAGCUGGGAUACCCACCAGGGUGGCUCAAGGAGGCUGAAUUGGAGAAUUCGGGGCUUGCCCUCUAUGAUGGAAAAGAUGAUGCUGAUGGAGAAACAGAAGCUGGAGAAGUACAACAGAAUAAAAGUGUCACUUACGAUCUCUCAAAAUUGGUAAACUAUCCAGGUUUUAAUAUAUCUACUCCCAGAGGAAUUCCAGAUGAAUGGAGGAUGUUUGGUUCCAUACCUAUGCAGGCAUGUCAGCAGAAGGAUGUGUUUGCCAAUUACCUUUCUUCUAACUUCCAGUCAGCAAGCAUAAAGUCUAGCAGUAAACGGCCUUCAUCUCAGUCCAGCCCCAGUAGUCCAAAGAAGCAAAGGAAGGCCAGCAGCUCGGCAGCCUCCCCUGCUGACAUGGAUCUUGACUCUGAUGCAGAGAUGCCGCAUGUCCAGAGCAGUGAAGCUUUUCACUUUCAACCACCAUCUCCUGGCACUCCUCCUCUCUUCACCCCUCCCCCCAAGGGCACUCCACCACUGACUCCCAGCUCACCUCAGACCCGGCCUGCAUCCGCAGCCAUGGACGAGGACGCCCUGACACUGGAGGACUUGAAGAGCAAAAGGCGGAUCUGGGCAGCACUCGAGCAGGCUGAGAGUGCCAACAGUGAAUUUCUGACGCCUGUGGACACACCUUUAACUGGAAACUCAGUUGCCUCAUCACCUUGUCCCAAUGAGCUCGACCUCCCUUUCACAGAGGGAAAAGCAUCUGAGAAACUGAUACUAGAUACCAUGGUGCCAGAAAUAUGUAACAGACAGCCGAAGUUGCCAUCCCUCGAGCCCAGCUCCUAGGCCACACUGCUUGGUCAGAAGGAGGAGGAAGAAUCUGCAGAGGUGGACCCUGAUGGUGCCCUUCACAUAAUGAAUGGAGGCAGCCAGAUGCUCCCUUCUGGAGACACUCGUCUCAGCAGCACUAAAGCUCACAGCUCACCUGAUGUGAGCAAGUUUGCAACUGGAAUAACACCAUUUGAGUUUGAGAACAUGGCAGAAUCCACUGGAAUGUUACAUCAGAAUAAGAAGCUUGUUAAAGAACUCUCCCGAAAUCAGCAGAAACAAAAAAGGCUUCCGAAUAGCUGCUUGACAUAA